AUGAGCUUGUUUCAAGUGCAGGAGGAGGCGAUACUAUCCGUACCAGUGACGAGCGUUCUGCACCCGCUGACACCUGAGCAGCCUGAAUUAAACUCCGACAUCGUGUUCUCGGUCAAGUUGUCCGGCGAACCAUUCCACGAGUACGAGGAAUCGUUCCCUCAGCAUGGCAAGAGCGACCCAGGAAAGCACUACCGCGUGGAGAACACCUACCUGUUAUCCCAACCGGAAAACCGCGACAACGACACCGUGCUGAUCAUUUGUGUGUUCAACGACGCCAAGUCCUGGGGGAAGAACCGCAACCUCACAGAUUUUCUCCAACUCGUCAAGUCUUUCGACUACCCGAAAAAGAAGGUCUCGAUUGCGCUGUUGACUUCCUCCGCCAGUGAAUUUGACAAGGCGAAGCAGCUUUUUGGCUUCCACAUCCAGCACUAUCUGCAGCUGUCAGUGAUAUUCCGCAACGACUUCGCGGUGAGUGGCUUAACCCGCUCAAACCGCCAUGAUCGAGCUCUUCAAGGCGGUCGACGACGCAUGCUCGCUCGAUACCGAAACUACGCGCUGCUAUCAACCAUGGAGUCCUGGCACCAGCACGUGAACAUGGUUAACUCUGGCCGAGAUAUCGUGGAGCCUAUCUGCCUCCGGAAGGUCAACAGCAAAUGGUACAACUACGACGCGAACGCGUGGGUGGGUCAGCGAAAAGUGCGCUCAGCUGAUCAAAGCGAAAGCGACUUUGUCCCUGGGCCUCUGAAUGCCAAGCACAUGCACAACAUGCCGGAAAGGUCCAAGCCGUUUGCCCCGCUGGAUUCCGUGGGAGGCACAAUGCUCUACGUGCGGGCUGAGGUUCACCGACAGGGUGUGGUCUUCCCAGUUCACUACGUCAUUGGAAGCGAGUGGGGUCGAGAGGGGUACGACGGCAUUGAAACGGAGGGUUUGUGCUACACGGCGCAUUUCCUGAGCUACAAGUGCUGGGGCAUGCCCAAGGAUGUAAUUCAGCAUGCACUUUGA